GUGGAAAAUGCAUUUAAAUAAAUAAAAAUAAAAUCCAAUUUUCUUCUUCUUCUUCUUCUCACGCUUUCCAAUUCCUCGUCGGUCCAGGGCAGUGCUUCCUCCGGUUAAACCCUAAACUCUCAGUCUCUGCCGCCCAACCCACGUUGCUGGUUCUCUGCCCUUCGGCGCUAUCAGAACUUUUUUGAGGGAUUAUAAAGCAGAAAGAAUUCAAUGGCUGGCCCUAAGCAAUGCCAAGUUUGCAAUGAAGCAGUUUCCAAGUACAAGUGUCCCUCUUGUUUAACCCCAUAUUGUUCACUUAUCUGCUUCAAGAAACACAAAGAAAUUCCGUGUUCUAAGCCAGCGGCUUCUCAGCAAAACCAAAAGGAAAAAAUCCCGUGUUCUAUGCCAGUGGCUUCUCAGCAAAAUCUAAAGGAAACUGCUGGCCCUCUAAUUCAAUCGCAUGUAGAAAGGCCAUUAGUACUUACCGAGCCAACCAAGGUGCUGGAGAGGUUACAACUGGAGGCUUUAGUUUCAUCAAGUGAAAUUUGCAAUGUUUUGAAAGAUGAGAACAUUCAGAAACUCAUAUGUGAUAUUGAUAACUCUUCAGAUCCUGAAAAGGAACUUGAUAAAGCUAUGGAAUCAGAGAUGUUUUGUGCCUUUACUGACAAGAUUCUUUCUACUGUAAACCAAUAAAUAUGAGCACAUGGAGUACAAGAAGAUAUUUGUAGGAGGAACUUAACUCUAAAUUUUCCCGAUAGAAGUAUUGCUAAAAGGAUCUCCAUCAUUAUAUUCCUUCUCCUCCUCUCAUAUCUGGUUAGUCAACAAGAUUAAAGCUUAAAAAUUAGAGUCAACAGUGUCUUAGAUCUUCAUGUGAUAUUAAAUGUAGUGCCAACUUAGUUCCAACUUUGUUCUGUAGCAAGUUUACUAAGAAAAAGUAGAAGAAAAUGUAACAAUCUUGUACAAAUGUUAUAUGAAUGAUCAAGUUUUCUAUUUUCCUA